AUGGUACAAUCAUCCCAGCCAUCCAGGUCCUCGAAAAAGGCAAAUGCAAGCGGCAGCGCCAACACCAGAAAACGAACAGACAAGAAAGAGAGAGACUCUAUUACUAGAAAGCAACAACCGCGAAGAACCGCUGCAACUGCUAGCCAGAAGGAACCCGCAAAAGAAGAGGGUACAGAUCAACUCGAUCUCUUUGGAACGAAGGUCCCCCUCUCUCUUCAACAGUUGCUGUUGAAUGUUUUCAAGGCUGCCUUCUUGUAUGAUGAAUCUUCCACUCCCUCUGCAGCAGACGAAAAUGAAAGCGAACAACAACACCAUGAAAAAAAGCAGAAACAGUUAGACAUCAAACCACUCAUCCAAACCAUUAAGUCGCAUCUGUAUAAUCGCGACUUUGACUCUGCGUUUACGGACGCCAGCGAGGACCUGUUGCGUGCGUACGCGUUGCGAUGGAGUGCGUCGAGGGCUUUGGGGUAUGUUAAUGUCUUUAAGAGUGUCUUGGGACUUUGUCUGGAUCGCUCUGGUUCUGAUCGGAAUGCCGACACCAGCACCAGCCAGAUCGUCUGUAUUGGCGGCGGUGCUGGGGCGGAGAUUGUUGCUCUUGCGGCUGUUUGGAGGGAUUUUGUGGAUUCGGAUUCGGCCAUUUCCUCAUCGCAUCCAUCCCCACAAGACGGGAAUGGUGAUGGCGAUGACGCAGGGGUGCAGGCUGUUUUGGAUGAGAUCUCUGCCGUUUCCUUGGGAGAAAAGACAUCAUCUACAACAGUAGGGGAAUUCCGGCCCAGUCUAUCCAUUAAGGCUGUUGAUAUAGCGGAUUGGUCUUCCGUCGUCGAGAGACUCAACAGGACUCUCAGAUCGUCCGCUGUGCCUGGCUCAAAGGCUCAUCCGGCACCUUUGUUACCCUCGUCGUCUUCAUCAUCGAAUGAUGAUGAUGAUGGCGGUUUCAACGUCCACUUCACCCGAGCAGACGUGUUAUCCUUAAACGACAAUGACCUAGAACGGCUAUUUCAACCGGACCCGACGGGAUCCUCGCUUCCUACAGUGAAACCAAACAAAACAGUCCUGGUAACGCUCAUGUUCACACUCAACGAACUCUUCUCCACAUCUAUGGCCAAAGCAACUGCCUUCCUUCUCCGCAUGACAGAUCUUCUUGAACAGGGUACCAUGCUGCUCGUUCUUGAUAGUCCGGGGAGCUACUCAACGCUUACCCUGGGCGGCGGGAACAGUAAGCAAGCACAGCAGGACAGACGGUAUCCCAUGAAAUUCCUCCUAGAUCAUACCCUUCUCUCCGUUGCAAAAGGGAAGUGGGAGCGGGUCUUUUCGCAGGAUUCGCGGUGGUGGAGGAGAGAUGUGGCUAGGUUGCGGUAUGAGGUUGGGGAGGGGGUUGGGUUGGAGGAUAUGCGGUUUCAGGUUCAUAUUUAUAGGCGGUUAGAUGGGUGA